AUGGUGGCCCUGGUGCCCUCAGGGUGCCCAAAGGGCGACAGGCACCCAAGGGUGGUGGGUGCCCAAAGAGUGGUGGGUGCCCAAGGAGUGGUGGGUGCCCAAGGAGUGGUGGGUGCCCAAGGAGUGGUGGGUGCCCAAGGAGUGGUGGGUGCCCAAGGAGUGGUGGGUGCCCAAGGAGUGGUGGGUGCCCAAGGAGUGGUGGGUGCCCAAGGAGUGGUGGGUGCCCAAGGAGUGGUGGGUGCCCAAGGAGUGGUGGGUGCCCAAGGAGUGGUGGGUGCCCAAGGAGUGGUGGGUGCCCAAGGAGUGGUGGGUGCCCAAGGAGUGGUGGGUGCCCAAGGAGUGGUGGGUGCCCAAGGAGUGGUGGGUGCCCAAGGAGUGGUGGGUGCCCAAGGAGUGGUGGGUGCCCAAGGAGUGGUGGGUGCCCAAGGAGUGGUGGGUGCCCAAGGAUGA